AUGACCGGCGCACACGCCCCCGCCGCGGGGCCAUCUCACACCAACCCAACCUCGAAAACGAUCGUCAUCAAGCUCGGCACCUCCUCGAUCAUCUCCGAGUCGACCCAGCUGCCCAAGAUCGCCAUCCUCUCCUCACUCGUCGAAACCUGCCACAAGCUGCGCUCGCUAGGUCAUCGGGUCGUCAUUGUCUGUUCUGGCGCCAUCGGCAUGGGACGAAUCCGCAUGUCCAUCACCGAACGGCCCAAAGCUCUCGGUGAACGACAAGCCCUCGCGGCCCUUGGUCAGCUUCGUCUCAUCGCACUCUGGGACUCGCUUUUCAGCACUGUCGGCAUUCCGGUAGCCCAAGUCCUGCUGACGAGGAACGACAUCGCCGAUCGCCCUCGCUACAACAACGCACGCACCACCCUCGACACCCUCAUCUCCCCGCCGUUCGAUGCGAUCCCCAUCGUCAACGAGAACGAUACCGUCUCGGUCUCGGAGCUGCGCUUUGGCGAUAACGACACGCUGAGUGCGAUCACGGCAGGACUGGUGGAUGCAGAUUUUCUGUUUUUGUGUACCGACGUGGAUGGGUUGUACACGGGCAAUCCGCGCAGCGACCCGAAUGCGAGACGACUCGGGGUGGUGGAGGACGUAGCGGCGGCGAGGAAGGCGGUGAGCGUCGCAACGAUGGGCUCGAGUUUCGGCACCGGUGGCAUGCAGACCAAACUCAUCGCUGCCGAACUGGCAACCGCCGCCGGCGUCGCAACCGUCAUCAUCAACGGCGAGCAUCCGGAGAACAUUGUCAAGGUCGUCGAGAGAGGUAUCCCCCCCUCUUCUUCCACCGGAGCGGCGAAGAUGGAUCUAGCGUCAUCAGUGUCGAGUCUAGCGGAGGAGAAGAAGGCGCUGAUCGGGUACCCGCCAUUGGAGGACCCGGCCCAUACACUCUUCCUUCCCACAGCAAAUCCGCUUUCGUCGAGAAAGUGGAGCAUCUUGCAUGCGUUGCAUCCGGCCGGAGCAUUGAUUAUUGAUGAAGGGGCGUUCAAUCGGAUUGCGCGGGCGGACUCAGGUGGUCGAUUGUUGCCAGCAGGCGUGGUGGGCGUCGAGGGCAACUGGGAGAGGAUGCAGGCGAUCCGGCUCGUGGUCCGACGGCGGAUCAGCAAGUCGGUGCCCCACACUAGUGGGUUGGAGGAAGGCGCACCGCUGUCGGGGUCGAUACCCAUUGCGAGGAGUCUCGGUCAGUAUCUGUUGCGAACCGACGAGGCGGGAACGCGGACACCGCCGGUGAUCGAUUCCUUGCGCAAGGACGUCAGCGUUCUACCUCCCAGCCCGGCGCGGGUCGAGCCGACGCCGGAAGCAGCACAGGCGGGCGAAGGCGAGGACUGGGAGUGGCAGCUCAUCGAGGUCGGUCGUGCGCUGGCCAACUACACCUCGAUCGAGAGCGAAAGGAUCAAGGGCAUCAAGUCGAGUCAGAUCUCGGCGACACUGGGGUAUGCUGAUUCGGAUUACCUCACUGAUCAGGUUGCGCUGCACACAUUGGUGCUGCCGUCGCCGUCCGUCUCUGACUGA